AUGGCAGCUGCUCUCCAAGUCCAGGCACCGCGGUACGACUCACCGUUCGCGAACAACAGCCUCAUGGACCGCCUGCUGGGCGAGAUCAUGGCGCUCGAGGACUCCUUCUGCAGAACUCCGAGACUAGGAAGUGGCAGCAGUGGUGGCGGCAGCAUCGGGGGCAUAGGCAGCAGCAGUGGGCGGCACAGGAGGGUGAAGUGGAGGUCGCUGGACGCCUUUGUGCGUCGCCUGCACGCCAGGCGCAGGGCGCUCUCGCACCUCCACCCGCCUCCCCACGGCCUCUGUGGCUGUGUCACCCUUGAAGUCAGCUGGAGCGACGUUCGCGGGCUCAGAUACGAGAAUGAACUGCAGGCAGAAGCCAAUCUGGCGAUGGAGGUGACGCGAGUGGUGAAGCGCGAGUACGACUCGUUUGACCAGGCUGUGCACGCACAUGCUCUGCGCCUCUACCCCACCACGCCCUCGCAUGGAACCACGCCCCUGCACGGGGCCAACCAUUCUCACGCCUCCGUGCCUGCCGCUAGUCCAUGUGUCUCCUCUGGUCUGUGGAUGGGCGGGAGGGCGUUCAGUGGGAAUCGGCUGUGCAGCCCUCCACACCAACAGCAGCAGCAGCAGCAGCAGCAGCAGCAGCAGCAGCAGCAGCAGCAGCGGGCAGGCACAAGUCACGAGAGCCGAUUCACCAUGCAUGAUGACGUGGAGGCAGAGUCACCGCCGAGUGUACAUGGUGACGUGGAGGCAGAGUCACCGCCCAGUGUACAUGAUGACGUGGAGGCAGAUGGGGUGGAAUCGAGUGCAUGUGAUUAUAUUGAUGCUGAGCCACAUCAUAGCGCAGAAAGCUGGGAGGAGGUGGAGGCAAAGUCGCCACCCAGUGUACAUGAUGAUAUAGAGGCAGACAGGAUGGAAUUGAGUGCAUGUGAUUAUAUUGAUGCAGAGCCACGUCAUAACCCAGAGAGCUGGGAGGAGAUGGAAGCAGAGUCACAACCCAGAGUCCACGUGGACACUGCUGAGAUGGCAUCGAGUAUGUAUGGAGAGAUGGAAGCAGUUGGGGUAGCAUCCAGUGUACAUGAUGACGUGGAAGCAGAUGGGAUGGCAUCAAGUGUUUAUGAUGACGUGGACCAGGAUGAGGUAGUAUCGAGCGUGUGUGAAGAGACGGAAGCAGAGGCCUGGGAUAAUCUGGAGGGCUGGGAGGAGGUGGAGGCGGAAUCAGCACUGACUGUCAGUGAUGGAAGGGGCGAAGAUGGGGAAGUGUCAAGCGUGUUUCACGAGGUGGAAGCAUAUCCAAUGGAAGCAGAGUCAGCAGAAGCAGAGUCAGCAGAAGCAGAUUCAGCGGAAGCAGCGUUGGCACUGACUGUACAUGGUGGUGUGGCACGAGAGCUGUUCCCCAGUAUUCUCAUUCCUCGCCGCCUCUUUGUGAGCACCAGCUGCUGCCUGAGCGACGAUGGGGAGGAUGUGUGUGGUGAUGAUGGUGACGGUGGCAGUGGUGAUGUUGGCAGUGAUGAGUGUGGAGAUACAUACAGCUAUGAUGAGUACGAGGAGGAGGAGGAGAAUGAGGAGGAGCAGGAGGAGUGGGAGGAGGAGGACGAGGAGGAGGAGAAUGAGAGGGGUGAAUCUUUUGAUGACAGCUGCGCCCGAACCCCUCCCACCCACCUCACCUACCCCUCCACCCUCCUCUCCUCUCCCAAACCCCUCCUCCCAGCCCCUCGCACCUCUCCCACCACCAUCACCUACCCAGACGCCCUCCUCCUCUUCCGCUUCACUCACCCACACCUCCCCGCCGCCCUCGCUGACGUCAUCACCACCGACCAGCGCCUGCUCCACCAAUUAGAAUCCGGCCUACCCGCAUGGGCCGUUUUCCUCCAAUCCUGCGCCGGCCUCUCGGCCCUCUACCGCCCCUGGAUGCGCCCGCUCGUCGCGUACGCGUGCUUUAUAGUCUCCCUCGUUACAGUCCUCAUUGGAUUCUAUGACCUGUAUAAGAACAUCCCGGUGCUACAGGAAAUGCUGGCGCGGAUGCUGGGGCCAAUAUGGGCAGUAGUGGGUACAUGGGACAUGGGAACAAGACUAAGAUACCUGGGAACGAUUCUCUUUCUGCAGAACUGGGAGCGAGCAUUCAAAUGGUUAUCCUCUGCCUGGAAAUUCGUCUCACACGCGCUUUCCCUCCUCUCCUACCUCCUCUCUCUCCUCCUCAGACCCUUCCAGCACCCCUGCUCUCUCCUCUCACACACCGUCCUCCUUUGCCUCUCCAAACUCCUCUCCACCGCAUGGAACCUCUUAUCCGCCCUUGGAAAGCUGGUUACCAGCAGUGGGCGGUUACUCAGCUACGCCCUGCGUCCCCUGGUGGCUGCUGGGGCAGCACGCACUCGUCCCCGUGUGGCAGUUGCUACAUGCAUGCUACCUAGCUGUAUACACCACUGGAGCAACCAUCUCCAACGGCUGUUUGCUGCUCUAUCGGCUCCUCUCACAGGCCUACAGCUGCUCCGUGCUGAAACUUGCACAUCUGCUGUCGGCAGUGGUGUCUUCUCGCCUCUCCUUCCUGUACAGCAACUGCCUGCUGCUGUAUCGGAUUCUCUCGCAAGCAUGCAGCAGCAGCAUGUGGAGAGUGUCUCAGCUGCUGUCGGCUCAGCUGUCUUUUGUGUAUACUCGAGUUUUGCUGCUGGGCCGGCUGCUCGGGGUGCUUGUUCAGCCGCUGCUGCUCCUUGCGCGUACUCUCUGGGCUGUAGCACGCGGCACUACGUGCUUUCCCAGGCGCGCAAGCUGCAAGCCCGGGCUCUGCAAGCCGCUCAGAGCGGCCAGUCAACAAUGCUCAAGUUUGGCCGCAAGCUGCUUGCUCCCCGACGCGUUCCGACGGCACCACCACCUCCAGAAAUCUCGGCUUCGGCUACGACCACGCCUCGAGAGAUUCUGGUUGCUGCCCGGCCAGGGGAAACUGCCCGAGUGGAGAAUUGGGAGGAGGAGGAGCAGGAGGGGAGAGGAGGGGGAGUUCCAGGGGUUGUUGUCACUCGUGAAGGGGCUGAGGAGGAGUUCUGGGAUGCCCCAGCGAGCAUCUCUGAUGGGGCACCUGAUGAGGGUUGUGAGGAGGAAUCUGAUUCCGAAUGGGACAAGUUUGAUAAAGAGGAUGAGGAGGAUAAUGAGGAUACAAAGGCUUAUGGAGAUCAUCAGGAGGUGGAGGAGGAGGAGGAGGAGGAGGAGGAGGAGGAGGAGGAGGAGGAGGAGGAGGAGGAGGAGGAGGAGGAGGAGGAGGAGGAGGAGGAGGAGGAGGAGGAGGAGGAGGAGGAGGAGGAGGUGUUUGGGGAUGCUCGGAGCAAUGCACUCGAAAACGUCUAUCAUGGAGAGGCCUGGGAUGAUUAG